CUACAAUCCCAUAAACACCACCGGCAUGGCCACAGAGUCCAUCCCCCUCGCCAACAUUAGCAGCGACCCUCCGCCCGACAAGAAGCCAUCCUCGCUCCGGUCCCUCGACAUCCAUGGCCACGAGCUCAAUUACUCCACCGAUGCAGAAGCCGGCUCUGCAAACGUCUCAGGAACAGCCACUCCACGAGAACUGACAGCUCAUGUCCACGCCCCGAGUGACACUUUCGACAUUGAGGCAAUCACGCAAUACGCUCUGCCCCCCGUGGACGGCGGAAGGAAAGCAUGGUUGUUCCUCGCAGGCGGUACUGGCCUCGAGCUCCUCGUAUGGGGACUGCCAUUCGCGAUUGGUAUUUUAUUGGCGUACUGGACAACAGAACUGUUCCCGGGUGAAGGGACGGCGAUUUUGACCCUGGCGGCGACAUUGCAGACGGGGUUGUUGUAUAUCAUGGCUGCUGUUGUCGGACCUAUUAUUGUGACUAUGCCGAGAUGGAUGAAGACGCUUCAGGUACUUGGAAUACUGGCUGCGUCAUUAUCCAUGAUCAUAAGCGCAUUCGCGACAAAGCCUUGGCAUAUUUUGGUCACGCAGGGUCUUCUCUACCCAUUUGCAGGAGCCGCCUACUUUCCAUGUGGCCCGCUCCUAUUCGAAUGGUUCUACACCAAGCGGGGUUUAGCUACGGGAAUCAUGUAUGCCGGUACUGGUCAGUUCUAUCAUCGACAACUUCAAUCAUAGCUAACAAUGUCUCUUUUCGUGCUUUUGAUUUUCCAGGUGUCGGCGGCUGCGUUUUCCCCUUCAUAAUGUCUGGCCUCCUCAACGGCGUCGGCUACAAAAAAGCUAUGAUCAUCCUUGGUGCCGGUUUUGGCGUUCUUGGUCUCAUUUGCCUCCUUCCCAUCAACCGUCGUGUACCCGUCACCAAAGCGCCAGUCAACGAACACGGGCGAAAAGUCAAAUUCGACUGGUCAUUCUUGAAGAGCGGGCUCUUGUGGAUUAGUUUGAGCAUCAUCUUGUUCACUAGUAUGGGCAACUUUAUCCCGAGUCUGUGGCUUCCCACCUACGCAAACGACCUCAACCUCACCCACCCAAACGGCACCGCCCUCCUUUCCAUCCUCAACGCCGCUUCUGUCCCCGGCAACGCCCUCCUCGGCUACAUGUCUGACCGCUUCUCCAUGCGCACCACCAUCCUCACCUCCUGCCUCGGCUCCGGUCUCGCUGUAGCCUUCCUGUGGGGGUUCGGCAAGUCGGAAGGGGUGGUGGUGUUAUUUUGUUUGGUGUUUGGGCUGUUGGGGCCGAGUUUUUCGGCGGUUUGGACCAAGAUCAAUGCUACUGUUGCGAAAGACAACACCCAAGCAUUCGCCUACAUCCUCUCGCUUUUCACCUUCCUCCGCGGUAUUGGCUCCUUCUCCUCCGGCCCCGUCUCUGAAGCCUUACUCGCCAAAACCUCUCCAAUGCGAGGCGGGGUGGGAGGAUAUGGGGUGGAGAAUUAUGGUCCAGUGAUAUUGUAUUCGGCGGGGAUGAUCCUUGGGGGAGGGGUGGCGGGGGCGUUUUUCAAGGAGAGGAAGGUGACUUAG